AUGAAGCGUACUCUGUCAAGUUCCAUUGAAAACGUCUCUGUGAAGCGGCAACACUUACCCUCUUCUCCAUCUCAGACUGUGAAUGUCAAACUGCUGCGAUUACUCCCCCUAGAGCUUCUUUUUAUUAUCCUUGAAUAUCUACCCUUUCAGACUCUCAUGAACCUGAUCCAAACACCAUCAUGGCUGUCAGAUAAUAUAUGCAAACUCUUCCUCUCUAAGGAAUACUUCGUCCGGCUCCCCCUACAUCACCAGUCCAAACUGCUGUCCUUCAUUACGAGGGAAUGGCUGCGGCGUGGGAAAGCAAAUGAUUUCGAAGUGUCUCUCAAAACCCUCCUAAACUGGGUAUCAUCGUUAUUUACUGAUCGUUCUGGAUUCUUGCCUCUUCACUUUGCUGUCGUUGGGGGCAUUUUGGAGUUAAUCCAACUCUGCCUUGACAAACGUCCGCCGUGUCCUGAAACUAUGAAGUCCGUGUCCAACUUCGCCAUCACAAACGGGGCCCCUAAAUUUGCGAUCGAAUACCUUUUUGAACGCAACCCCGAGACCAUUCUCAACCUACCCGGCUCAUUGCUUGUUAAAGCAAUGAACGCCGGCCGUCUGGAUAUUCUGGAAUUGUUGCUAGAUAAAGCCAAUCCUGAUGACCUUGCUAUGCUUCAUGUUGCAGCACAAAGUGGUUGUGAUGAUCUCAUUGAAGAGCUGUCGAAGAACCUCAAUUCACUGGAUGAUAUAGUGGACAAACACCAACGGACAGCACUACAUCUUGCGGCGAGCGAAAGCGAUCGUGACAUGAUGCGUUUGUUGGUGAAACUUGGCUGUUCGAUAUCUUCCCAAGAUGCCCAAGGCCGGACCGUCCUCCAUCAUGCUGUUCUUCCUGUUUGCGAGAUAGACUUCUGUCAACCCGAGUCGGAAAUCAAGGCUGUCAAAAGAUGUGUUAGAUGGCUCAUUAGACAAGGAGUCGACAAGGGCGCAAGAGAUGUCUUUGGAGAGACGCCAUAUGACUAUGUGAAAGAAGAGCUGAUUGACUGGAGGAUCCUCAAACCAAGCCCACAAUCUCGGCGCAAUAUAUCAAUGAAAGAGAAUUGA